AUGGCUUUUAAAAAGGGUACAUCUCUGAGUGCAGUAGUUAGUCUAACAGAUAUAAUUCCUGAACUCCCGUUACCUGCUCCACUACAUGCUGGAUCCAGUGUGGAGACUUUGUUGCAUGAUUCUAGAAUAUCAAUAGAUGCCUUUCAGUGUCUUCGUUUUGGUCAUGACCGACUCGUGGGCUGCCUCAGUGAAGCCCUUGGGAGUGUAUGUACCAAUAACAUCGAUUUCAAGGAGGGGUUUGCUAGUGACAUAAUUGAUCCCCAUUUACUACCUGAACCCCUUGUCAGCUCUUUGAAAAAGCUACCAAAUUUUGAACAAAAACGAGGAUUUUAUGGUCUUUCUUAUGAAUCUUUCAAUCCAGUUAAUAGUGUUUCUAGUGCGUAUAAAGUACAACCUGGUUCAUGGUGUUCAUCUCUGGAUCAACCACUAUCUACUGAACUUCAUCAUUAUCCUAAUUCAUUUGAAGAACCAAUCGAAUCUCCCAGUAAAAAGAAGAAAAAGCGGAAAAAGAAAAAACACAAGUACUGUGAUGAUGGUGAUACGAGUGGGACAGGAGGCGAAUCAAAUGCCACUACUCCAGCAGCCUGUGGUGGUACAACUCCAAAUAAACUUGAGGAUAAUUCAUUGUCUCCCACUUCAACAUAUGGUAUUGUAAAAGUCAAUGCAGAUACUAAAAAACUAUCAUUAAAAAUUUUCAAACGGCCUGCAAACGAUGGCUCUCAGCCUGUUUUUAUGGUUGAACAACUAGGUGGAGUUGAGCCGGUUAAAAAAGAGAAGAAAAAGAAGCGGAAUAGAGAAAAGGAUCGUGAGCAUCGAUCUCAUCACGAAGUUCGACCAAAGUUGGAUUCUCACUCUUCCCCAGCAGAAAUUCACGUCCAACAUAAUGAGUUAUCUGUUGAUCUACCAGUACAAACACAUAAUACUCCUACUUCAAAUAGCCCCUUGAGUACGAUAACGCCUAAUGAAAACUGUAAAGGUUCCGAACUUAUCCCUUCGACUUUUACUGAGAGUUGUCAGUUGUCCAUGAAAGAUCCUUCCCAACUUGACCUAUCGCUCAUAGCAAGCGAAGGUUUAUUUGAAAACUUGAAUUCAAUGAAUAAUUUGUAUCAACAACCCCAGUCUGUAUCUACAUCCAGUCUUCCCAGUACUCCAACUUCUAUGUCUGGUAAUGGAAUGGUAAUGACCUCAAGUAACUGUGCUCCUACAUGUACGUAUAGCUUUGAUACUAACCAGACAAAUGUAUUCACAACUAAAUCAAAUAUGUUCUAUGAGUUGUUGCGUAGUAAUGAUCCUACUAUGACCCUGAAACAUGUUGCAGACGGUUUACCUAGUGAUUUUGUAACAUCUAAUUCAUCUGUUUGUACAGCCAUCCCUAAUACCUUGGGUUCUGUAUGCAACAUGAUGGACUUUGCUUCUAGCUUCCUUCAAAACGAAAUGCUUUCAUCCAAUUCCUCUUGUAUUAAUUUUCCACUUGGAACUGCUUCUUUAGCUACUUGUGAUAGCUCCACUAUCCAAAGGACUGGCUUUCCUGUACAGCCAUCCAGUACCACUACUUCCUUUUUGGUUGCUUCGCAUUUGAUCGAUUCUAGUCAUUCAUCUGUUGUUACUGCUGCAGACUCCACGUUUGAUGUUUUGGGCGGUAUACUCAAUUCUUCUGGUUAUGCAUCUGUUACAGACGUUAGUCCUGCUGCAUUUGCUGCCAACUUCGACAUGUCUGGCUUGCCUCCAGAUUCCAGUACUCACCAUGUCCCCAUGGGGCUCGCUAGUUAUUUAUCUGCUCCUAAUCAAGUUACUAACACUCAAGUUCUCAAUGACUAUCGUACCCAGAAUCAACCUGCUCGUGCUGAUUCGAAUUUGUUAUCAACAAUUACAAGUACUCCUCAACCGUGGUGGAAACGAAAAAGCAGUUCCGUGUUAAGAAGACGUAAACGCCGGAAAAACGAACUUGAAGAUUUACAGUCUUGGACAGUUAAUUAUCCGGUUAGUGGACCCGGCUUAUCAAAAUCUGCCUCUGAACGCAACAAAGGUCCUGAUGAACGGACCUGGGAUGAUGCAAUCGGUUCUUAUAGCCAAGUUCUUGGUGAACGUGUUAAAAGACGAAAACGAAUGGUUAGACAGGGAGGGAAUUUGGAUUCAGAUUUUGUUUUUGAGCAUGAUAAAGACUAUCCAAAUGAGGGAGAUAGUGAUCGUGGUAGCAAUGAACCUAACGGUACAAUUGACCUUACAAACGAUUCUACUGGAACCAGCGAAACUGCCUACAAUAUACGCGAAAUGCGUUCAGGGGUUGCAAAUCGUUCGUAUGCUGGUAUGGACGAGGAAGACGAGGAAGCGUCGGCAAGUCAAACAGGAUGCUCAAAUGGCUCUUCAAGUGCUAGAAGACGAAAGAGGCUGGAUGAUGAUGAACCUUUUGAAGUUCGGCUGAAGGAACCCGUUGAAGCACGUUUCCCGCAUAUACGUAAAGCAGGAGAAUCCACGCGUAAACGACGUGAGCGCGUAAAUUUCGGAAUUACGGCAUCAAAUAAUUUACCCAUCCAACGAAAUAAUUCUAGGGAGCAAGGUGUUGGGGGUGAGACAGGAAGUGUUAAACGAUUUCUCAACAAGUUGUCAACUGUUUUAGAAUCUAUUGAGGAAACAGACUUUUUGAGAAGCCUUGGUGGCGUACCGAACAGUGAUGAUCAACUACGAAAAUCUAAUUGUGAAGAUGUGAUUUCAUAUCUUGAUAAAGAGAGCUUAUCGACUGAGACUAUAAUAUCGGCUGAAGACUUGGCAGAAUUUUGUCGCGAUGCUGCUAAAUUAAACUCAAUAGGUGUUGCUAAUCAAAUUCCUACUGGGCAGUUACUUAACUUCCUUACAUUGUUGUUGCUCAACAUACGAGAUGGCGCGAAUGUGAUUGCCGUAUUGAGACCUGAAGAAGAAGCUGACUCACAUGAAAACAAACUAUGGAAAGAGGUGGCAAUGGAGCGAGUAAUGCGGAGUAUGAAUUCCGGUCUAACUGCGUUAUUAUUAAUGACUUCGAAGGAUAUGCCCAGGGAAGUUUAUGUUGAAGAUGUUAUAGAGCGUACAGUGUAUAGUGUCAGAUUUCAAUUAUUCAAUUGCAUUUUCCCAGAAUUCGAUCCUGCUUAUCGUGUUGAAAAUACAGCUAAAGAAAAUCAAAGCAGUAUAAAAUCUAGACGUGCUCGUGAACGCGAUGCUCAAAAACCAAAGUCCAUAAUUCAUCUGUACCACAAGCUAGUGGAAAUUGUUUCUAAUUUAUCUAAGUUGGUAAAAAUCCAAAGGCUGACAGACAGCUUGGUCCUUACCUUAUCUAGUGUUGGUGUCUCUGUAUUCUUUGUUGAAAAUGUUAGUGAGUUGCAACUUGCUGCUUUGGAACUCGUCACUGCUAUAUUCGCCCAAUAUGAAACUCAUAGGAAGCUAAUAAUGGAGGAAAUACUUGCUAGCUUAUCCCGUCUUCCAUCAAGCAAGAAGAAUUUACGUUCUUAUCGAUUAAAUAGUGAAGAUAGCAUUCAAAUGCUUACAGCAUUAGCACUUUUGUUGGUUCAGUCGGUUAUAAGUCUUCCUGACCCAUCACCUCUCAACUCAGAACAAAAUACUGUUUUCUAUCAGAGCUCAAAUGUCUCUGUAUCCACUGAUGGAGGACUAGUUCAAAAAGCAGAUGAUGAAGUGACAAUUAUUAAUUCUUAUCAUAAUGCUCUUCGUACAGCCCAUACUUUUCUGUUGGUUUUCCUACGCAAAUCAACAAUGAAGGGUGAAGAUGAUUACCGAAUAAUUUUUGAAAACUUCGUAAAUGACCUUCUUUUAGCUGUUAAUAAACCGGAGUGGCCAGCAUCAGAGGUUAUGCUUAGUCUUCUUGGUAGUUUGUUAGUACAACAGUUCAAUAACAAAGCACUUGAUCAAAGUGUUCGUGUUGCUAGUGUUGAUUACUUGGGAACAGUUGCAUCCACAUUACGUCGUGAUGCAGUAACUAGCCAAUUGAAGGAACAUGAUAUUGAUGCAGUCAUCCGUGAGCUCUUGGAAGGUAAUCAGUCAGAUGAAGAUGAAGAAGAUUCUGAAGAAGAGUUAGAUACAAAAACUGAGGACAAAGAAAUAAAUGGCGAUCGUGAAUCUAGCUCAGAAGUAGAUAGAAAUAAAUCAGAGUCUGAUAUUCAUUCAGUUGGUUCUGCUUCCACUACUGAAACACCAAUACGCCAUAAUGAGAAUGGUUAUAGUUCGACAAACACUAAGUCUGUAGCCAAAGUUCUUGACACCAAAAUUUCUAAAGACAAAGUCAUUAAAAAUAAAAAGUCAGGAAAUAAAGACAAAUAUACAGAUCCUAUCUGUCAGUUGGAUCGAGUCCAGGCACUACGGGACGCUAUUUUAGACUAUCUUGCAGCAGAAGAGGCGAGUCCUACGGCAGUUUAUGCUCGUAAAUUUUACCUGGCUCAGUGGCUUAAUGAUUGUACAAAGGAAACAGAACGUGCUCAACGAAGUGCAGUACAGAAGAAAAACCAGAAUGCUGUUUUAAAUGGCAGUGGUGACACUGUAUGUGCUUCCAAAGGUUUUUCUGAGGCAGAUCAGGCGCUAAUCCUUGCGGUAGCAGAAAGAAGGAGACAACACAUUUUGUCAAAAGUACGUGAAGCUCCACAAUCUUGGCGACAACGUAGAUGUUUAUGGAGCAAUUCAUUGCCUCCUAAUGAGAAAACAAAACAGUCUGCAAACAUCUGUAUUUCUGAUUCAAGUCAGGAAACGACGCUCAUUUUCCAGGGUACUUUGGACUAUGAAGAUUGCUGCUUAGUUUGUCGUUAUCUUGCCAGUCUUCGGCCAUUUUCUCAAAGUUUUGAUGUUUAUUUGUCUCAGAUAUGUAAAUUAUUGAGUGAAUCAUCGGUUGCCGUGCGCACUAAAGCGUUAAGAUGUUUAUCAGCAGUGGUGGAGGCCGACCCAAAUGUUUUAGCUCGCGUAGAUAUUGAGCGGGCUGUACAUUCUCGUCUUCUUGAUACAUCGACUUCAGUCCGUGAAGCUGCUGUAGAUCUACUUGGUCGAUUUUUAAGUUGCAGACCAGAGUUGACUGCACAGUAUUAUCCAAUGUUGGCCGAAAGGAUACGAGAUAAGGGAGUAAGUGUCCGCAAACGCGUCAUUCGAAUCCUUCGUGACAUUUGUCUUGAGCAACCUGAUUUUCCAAGAGUUGCUGAAAUUUGUGUAAAAAUGAUUAGACGUGUUAACGAUGAAGAAGGAAUAAAGAAACUUGUUCAUGAAGUCUUUCAAGCAAUGUGGUUUACUCCUGUACGUGAAAGAGAAACAGUAAAGCUACUUCGAAAGGUCAUGAAUAUCACAGAUGUCGUUGGCGCUUGCAAAGACACAGGUUAUGAAUGGUUUGAACAAUUUUUACGAACUCUUUUAAAGAAAGAAGAAACUGAAAAAGUCAAACCAGUUGAAAAAGCAUGCAAACAAAUAGCUGAUUGUUUGGUUCAGAAUAUUAUGCGACUAGAAGAAAUUUCAAGUCAAAGCAAUCAGAGAUUAGUAGCGUGCUUGGCAACACUUCAUUUAUUAACAAAAAUCAGACCGGAAUUAAUGGUUCAGUAUACAAUGGUACUACAACCCUAUUUGUCCAUUCGUUGUAAUGAAGCAUCAGAUGCUCAUGUGUUACAUUAUGUUGCUAGAAUUCUAGAAGCCACAUUGCCUUUGAUGGAACAUCCUAGUGAGACACUAGUUGCACAACUUGAAGAGGAUAUGGUUCGUUUAACACUGCGACAUGGAAAAAUGGUACUUGAGUCAUGUGUUGCGUGUUUAGGUGCAGUUGUCAAUCGUGUUUCGAAAAACUAUUCUCUAGCUAGAGAUUGUUUCACUCGGUUUUUCAAUGCUCUUCAGAAAUUUCGUAGUGAACUGUCCAAUGAUUCUGAACGCAAAAUAUCCCCAACUAUUCGCCCUUCUAUUCUUCGAGCUCUAUUUACUGUAGGUUUACUUUGCAAACACUUUGAUGCGGAUGUAUUUCGAUCAAGCAAAAACGCGAAUAUUCGUGAUCAGGUAUUUGAAACACUUAUGUUUUUCACAGAACAAGUUAAAUCAGACAUCGAAAUGCGUAAGAAAGCUUUAUCAGGACUAGGUUUUUUGUGUACUCGUCAUCACGAACUACUUUGCGGUCCUCGUCUUUGUAAAUUUUACCAUGAUCUUUUACAAGCUCCUUGUGAUGAAGCAAAACCUAAACCAUCUGACCAUCACUUAGAAUUAAAGUGUAUUGUGCUGGAAAAUUUGUUAAACUUUUUUCUUGAGGAAGAAAAACGCAUGCUAGAAGCGGAUGCAAAAUGGAAGGCUAGUCAACAUCAAGAAUCAUUAAAAGAAAUGGGCGAUAUUGCUUCAGGUAUGGGUAGUUCAGUUGCGCAAAUGUAUCUCAAAGAUAUACUGGAAUCAUUUUUUUCGCCAUUUUUUACGGUGAGACUAACUGCCCUCUCUGUCAUAACUACAAUUCUUCGUCAAGGUCUUGUUCAUCCAGUCCAAACUGUACCCUACUUGAUAGCCAUGCAGUCCGAUAUUGAUCCAAAUAUUCGUAUCAAAGCUGAUGCUCAACUCCAGGAAAUAGACACCAAAUUUCCAGGUUUUCUAACAAUGCGAGCUGCACAAGGUGUCAACUUAUCAUAUCGCCUUCAGCUUGUUUUAUAUAAUGAGUUACGUGAAAAGCUGAAAGGUACUUCUGAGGGACCUUCUCUUCAGCAAAUAGGUUCACCUGAAUCUUCAAAUUUCCACAAGUCCACUCAUUCUAUUAAUCCUACACGUCGAACUACCCGUAAUAGAUCUGAGGUUGAUUGUUUGGGCUCAGAUGAGAAUCCUAAGUGUUCACCAUCUACAAAUGUUUCCGAAUCUCAGUCACUUCUCAAUAUUCCAGAAGAUUCUUUUGGUGCUAUUCGCGGUACUAGAGAUCCUUUCAGUGAAGUCCCUUCUGCUAUGAAUUCGCAUCUAUAUUCGAUGCUUAGAAACAAUAAGAGUCAACGCCGUUCUCUACUUAAUGGCUUAAUAUCAUUAUUCGAUGACUCACAGAAGAUUCCUCUGAGUCAGUUAGUAUAUGUUGCUGAUAAUCUGGCUCAUUUUCCUUAUCAAUCGCAAGAGGAACCUCUGUUUGUUGUGCAUCACAUAGACUUGAUGGUUAGUAUGGCUGGUUCGGGAGUUUUGAAAAAUGUUCGUGAGGCACUUUUCCCAGAACUAAAAGCAGCUCUAGAGGCUGUUGUUGCUGCUCAACUUGAGACAGAUGCGAAAAACCGUGCACAAAUGGAGCUGCAAUUGAGUGCUGAACUUCAGGCUCAACAAGUUGCCUCAGCUGAUGCCAUUAGUAGAGGUGAUCAUGAAACAGCUGGAUUACUUGCCGAUCAAAUUCAACACACUAUUCAAAGAAUAAACAGUUUAAAUUCCUCUGAACCUUCUAUUAUGUCCAGUAACGCAACUCUGUCUGAAUUCCCUUCUGGGGCUCUCAUUGGAACAGAGGGUGUUUCUCGAGUUGAUAUGGGUCCUUUCGAAAUAGAAGAGGAGGAGGAUCCGAUUGCGUUAUUUGAUAGAUUGUCUAAGACUCGCCAAACAUCUUUACCAAUAGUCCGCGACGCAAUCCGUACCAGUCGCGCUUGUGUUUUAUUGCUGACACUCAAACAAUUUCUAAAAGAAUCUUAUUCCAUCACUGACGGUAAAAUCCAACGUUACUCUCCUUCUGAUUCAGCCAAAUUAUGGGAGAAGCCGUUAACACGACGUGUCGGUGUUCAUUUUCAUCCAAUACCUUGUUUAAAAGCUGCCGGAAUGGAGAUAAAUAAAUCUGAUUCUCAUAUUCUAUGCAAUUCGCAAUCAUCAGUUAGGACAGAUAGUUGUGUGGAGUUAUCCAAUCCUAAUGUCAAGCAAGCAGAUAGUGAAGAAGAAACGAUAAGUGAAAUGCAAUCUCUCAUCCGAGAUUACUUAGACUUCCGGAAGUUGAUUCUUACGAUUGAUCCUCCAGGAGAAGAAGAACUAGGACCUGAUGACUUGAAUACAUCAGUGCAGUCCGGUGGGCCUACUGUUGAUGAUCGAUUAAAUACAGUUUCAGAUAGUACACAGUUGAGUAAAGGCCGAUCUGUAAGAACGUUAGUACCACAAUUGCACAAUAAAUCUUCGGAAGAUGACAAUGAUUCGGAAGAUUCAAAUGCAGGUGGUGCUUCUCGACUUAUGUUGGCACAAUCAGCUCCUACAAAAAAACGAAAACCAGCUCUCAAUCUACGUGGCAAUUCGAAAAAUCCGUUAGGUCGAAAUGCCAAGAAUAAGCGCAAACGUCGAAAACGAUGCAUAAUGGCGGCCAGUUCUAGUGGUGAAGAAAGUGAUUCAGCAGACGAAUCUGAACCAUCUGAUCCAGAUUACUGA